AUGGCUGGAGAAAUACGUGACCAGCAACCAAAUCCUUGGAGGAACCAUCUUGAUGAGCCGCCUUUGGACGAGGUCCAAGACCGCAUACCACGAGAAGGCCUUGGACCGGAGCUUAACCGAGCCGAUAGGCUACACCGAGGAGACUUAGGCGAUCACCAAGGAGGGGAGAACCAAGAGACCGUUGGAGACAGUGACUCUAGACCAGAGCUUCUCCAAAGCCGUAGCCCUAUCCGGACUUACGAGGGCCACCAGUUUGAGAUCAAGCCGCGAGUCAUUGCUUUGGUAAAACAAAGUCAAUACCACGGGCUUAUCGAAGAAGAUCCGUUGGAUCAUGUCGAUUCUUUUGAAGAAUUGUGCAGCACAACUAGUGCAAAUGGAGUUCCGGGCGACUACUUGAGAUGCCGGCUCUUUACUUUUACCUUGGCGGGAAAAGCACUCAAGUGGCUCAAGUCUCUCCCGUCUCGCUCAAUCACUACAUGGAUGGAGUUCAAGAAAGCUUUUCUUGGUCAGUUUUAUACAAAGCAGCGGACUAGCUUGAUGAGGAGCAAGAUCGUUGGCUUUCAGCAAGGGCCAAUAGAGCCGUAUCAUGAGGGAUUGGAGCGUUUCAAGGAAUACAUAAGAGAUUGCCCACAACAUGGCUUCUCGGAAGUAAACUUGUGGAACACGUUUUAUGAGGGAAUAAGGCGCGAGCACAAGCUGUAUCUUGAUAUAGCUAGCAACGGGAACUUCAUGAGUAAGUCCAUAGAGGAAGCCAAAACAUUGAUUGACAACCUAGCGGUCAGUGACAGCAAGAAUCAACCGAGCUAUGAAGAAACGAUCAAGGCAAUCAACACGAGACCGGGACUAGUUGAGUUUGAGGAGCUGAAGUCCAUGAUCGCUAAGCUUUUGGAGAGAGAACCGGAGCAUCGCUUGAGCCCCCAGUCGCACAUCAAGGAGCUUGAUCUUCAAAUAGCAAACAUAGCCGGUACAAUCAAGAAACCGCUUGGAGUCCUCCCUGGUCGAACUGAGGCUAACCCCAAGAAGGAACAUAUAGCAGCCAUCACUCUUAGGAGCGGUACGCAGUUAGACGAAGUGGAGAUGCCACCGGAGCUCACGAGGAAAGAACCUCAACCGGAGGUAAUAUCGGAAAGCGUGGAAGAAGCGGCUUGGCGAGCAAACAAAGACAACUCUUGA